AUGAUGGUAGAGGGGGGAUGAGGCAAGAAUUUAUGGAUGGUGUCAUUGCUUUUGUUGAAUAUGCAAUGACACUAGAACCUUUUAUAAUAGAAGGCUUGGUUAGGUGUCCUUGUGAGAAAUGCGCAUGUAGGAAUUAUGAGACACCAGAGAUUGUUAGGCUUCAUCUCUAUACCCACGGCUUUCAAUCAAAUUAUACAGUGUGGACUAGUCAUGGAGAAACGGAUCUUUUGGUUUGGGAGGAUUUCAAAACUUUGUUGUUGGCGAAGGUAGUAGGUCGGCAGAACCUGAUGUCCAAAAUUAUAACAUGCACAACAUGAUUCAGGAUGCUUAUGGGAUGCAUUCCGAUUUUGAAUCCGGUAACCAUGUUGAAGAAGAUCCUAAUGAGGAAGCUAGUCAUUUUUUUGAACAGUUGAAAGAUGCUAGUCGGCCUUUGUGUGACGGGAGUCCGCACUCUCAAUUGUCUAUUGCUGUUAGAUUAAUAAGUAUCAAAGCAGAUUGGAAUGUUCCUCAAGGGGCAAUGGAUGCUGUGAUUAGCCUUAUACGUGAAUUAGUUGACCCGAAUCUAGAGAUACCUGUUAGCUACUACAAGGCAAAGAGAUUGGUGUCAAAGUUAGGACUCUCGUCCUACAGAAUUGAUUGUUGUGAAAAUGGAUGCAUGUUAUAUUAUAAGGAUGAUGUCGGUCUAGAAUCUUGUAAGUUUUGUGGCAGAGCUCGUUUUAAGCGGACUCGUAGCGGGAAGAGAGUUGCUUUUAAGGCGAUGCAUUACUUACCUCUUAUACCAAGGUUAAAGAGAUUGUACGCAUCAAAUAGCUCUGCUUCUCAUAUGAGAUGGCAUAGUGAGAAUAGAAGGCCGCCUGGUGUUAUGUGUCAUCCAUCAGAUGGAGAAGCUUGGAAGCAUUUUGAUAGAACAUAUCCAGACUUCGCAGCUGAACCACGGAACAUUAGGUUGGGUUUAUGUUCAGAUGGAUUCACUCCACAUUCUGUUUCUCUUCGCUCCUAUUCUUGUGGCUUUGUUUUCUUAACACCGUAUAAUCUUCCACCCGAGUUGUGUAUGACUAGUCCAUAUAUAUUCCUAAAUUGCAUCAUUCCUGGCCCGCGUAAUCCAAAAGUUUUGAUUGAUGUAUACUUGCAACCUUUGAUUGAUGAGUUGAAACUGUUGUGGGUUGAAGGGGUUGACACGUUUGAUGUAUCGCGUAGGCAGAACUUUAAUUUGCGGGCCACGUUAAUGUGGACUAUUAAUGACUUUCCCGCUUACGGAAUGUUGUCUGGGUGGAUGACAGCUGGAAAGUUAGCUUGUCCUUACUGCAUGGAAAAUACUAAAUCUUUCACUUUAAAAUAUGGCCAUAAAAAUUCAUGGUUUGAUUGCCACCGUCAGUUCUUGCCAAUGGAUCAUGAGUUUCGAAGUAUGAAAAAUGCAUUUAGGAAGAACACAAUUGAACGAAAUUGUCCACCUCCAAGACUGUCGGGAGAGGAUAUUUGGGAGAGGGUUCAAAACUUUCCGAAGGUUACUGAAGAAGCACCGUACAAGUUCGAUGGGUAUGGGUUAGCACAUAACUGGACUAAGCAAAGCAUAUUUUGGGAGUUACCAUAUUGGAAAGAUAAUCUUCUCCGACAUAAUCUUGAUGUCAUGCAUAUUGAAAAAAAUUACUUUGAUAACUUGUUCAACACAGUGAUGGAUGUUAAGGGCAAGACAAAAGACAAUGCAAAGGCAAGAAUGGACGUACAGGAAUACUGUAAGCGAAAAGAGUUAUGGUUACAGGACAAACAGAACAGAGUCUUCAAGCCUAAGGCUGGUUAUUCAUUCACAAUGGAGCAAAAGCGAAAGAUUUGUCAGUGGGUCCAGAACUUGAAGAUGCCUGAUGGGUAUGCAUCAAAUUUGGGAAAACGUGUCGAUAUGGAGCAAGGAAAGUUACAUGGGAUGAAAAGUCAUGAUUGUCACGUUUUCAUGGAAACUUUACUCCCCAUUGCAUUUAGUGGCUUGCCUACCCGAAUCUGGAAACCUAUGACAGAAAUUAGUUUGUUCUUCAAAGACUUGUGUUCUAGCACGUUGAGGGUAGACAACCUAGAACGGAUGCAUAAGAAUAUUCCUGUAAUCACAAAUAAGUUGGAGAAGAUUCUACCACCGGGGUUCUUCGAUGUGAUGGAACAUCUUCCAAUUCACCUUGCGGAGGAAGCCAGACUCGGAGGCCCAGUUCAAUGUCGGUGGAUGUAUCCUUUUGAGAGGACUAUUGGCAGGUCUAAGCGAGGUAUCAUGCAGAGACAUAGAGUGGAGGGCUCAAUUUGCGAAGCAUAUCUUGCUAAAGAAACAUCUCAUUUUUGUUCUUACUACUUUGGAGACGAUGUUCCUUGCUUGCGAAACAGGCCCAAUCGGCACUACGACGGAGGUGUCAAUGAUGCUUUCGCGAAGCCGAUAUCUAUCUUCAAUCGACCGGGUACGGCAUCAAAAAAACGUAAAAACAGAGAAUUGAAUGAUAUGGAGUUUAAGUCUGCGUUGACACACGUCUUGCUGAAUUGCCCGGAAGUUCAAUCAUAUUAUGAUUACUUUGUACAGAUAAAAGACGAGUCUCAAGUGUACGAACAGUUUGCAACGUGGUUCAAAGAUUACGUACAUAGUACACAAUAUGGUUACCAUGACCAAUUUUUGAAAGACAUAUCUUGGGGACCCGAUAGCGUCUAUUCUAUGGACAAAUAUGUGGUAAACGGUUUCAAGUUUACUACCGAAGAACACUCCAAUCAUAUGAAAACUAACAAUAGUGGGGUUUGGGUUAAAGGUGGUGAUGGAAACCAAACGGGGGUUGAUUAUUAUGGUGUAAUCAAGGAGAUCCUAGAACUGGAGUUUUCUGGUUUUCAAGUAAAGAAAAUUGUACUUUUUCGGUGCAAGUGGUUCGAUCCAACGCCAAAUAGAGGUACGAGGGAAUUCAAGCAGUAUAACAUCACCGAAGUAAACCACACAAGGGAAUACGGGGCUUAUGAUCCUUUUAUUAUUGCACAAAACGUUAGGCAAGUGUACUAUGCCCCUUAUCCCUUGCGCCCAGAUAAGUCUGCUUGGUGGGUGGUAAUUAAAACCAAGCCUGUGGGUCGAGUGGAAGUGGAGAAUGUGUUGCCUGUUGCGUUCCAAGCUGACGACGUAUCAAGUGUCCACCGAACAGUUGACAAUGACUUAGAAAAGGAUUUAGAGCAUCCAGAACACAUAUUAGAAGAAAUUGAUAUAGAAGAAAUUAAUCCGGAGGUGAAUGAGCCUAAUGAUGGAAAUGAAACAACCGAUGAGGAAGAAUGGUCAGAAGAGGGAGACGGUGAUGAUGACGAAUAGCCAACACUUUCUUUUGC